AUUAUCGAUAGCUUAAUUGAAGCGCAGUAGAAAAAGUUUGUGAAAAAAUAGUUUGUGUGGAAGAAAAUUAGAUAGUGCGGCAGAUAAAACGCUGGAUAGCUUGUGCAUUCGCAAACAAUUGAAUUCCUUAUCCAUUGACAAUUACGAAGAACAAGAAUCCGUUUCCGACCAAAGCCACCGUUAGUUAAAUAAGAGUAACAAUAUGUCAGCUGAAGAGCUGGCGCCAAUCAACGAGCAGGACCUGAAGGACCUGAAAGAGCGCAUGAAACUUAUUGCUGACGCAGACCCAACUCAAUAUCACAAUGAGUUCUCGUUGCGGCGUUAUCUAAGGGCCUUCAAGACCACAGAUGACGCAUUCCAAGCCAUAUUAAAGACGAACAAGUGGCGUGAGUCGUAUGGCGUGGCCAAGCUCAAUGAAAUGGAGCGCAGCCACUUGGAGAACAAGGCGCGUCUGUUGCGGCAUCGCGACUGCGUUGGUCGCCCUGUCAUCUACAUUCCGGCCAAGAAUCACAGUUCUUCGGCGCGCGAUAUUGAUGAGCUGACGCGGUUCAUUGUCUACAAUCUGGAGGAGGCAUGCAAAAAGUGUUUUGAGGAGGUCACAGAUCGUUUGUGCAUUGUAUUUGAUUUGGCUGAGUUUAGCACCUCGUGCAUGGACUAUCAGCUGGUGCAGAAUCUUAUCUGGCUGCUCGGCAAACAUUAUCCAGAGCGAUUGGGCGUAUGCCUAAUUAUAAAUGCGCCUGGCAUAUUCUCCACCAUUUGGCCAGCCAUUCGCAUGCUGCUCGACGAUAACACCGCCAAAAAGGUGAAGUUUGUCAGCAACGAGGUAGACCUAUGUCAAUAUUUAAUACCGGAUAUACUCCCAACGGAUAUGUAAAGAAUUUCGCCGCUCUCCUUAAAGUUAGUUGUAGUCAUACAUAUCUCCAUACGAGGCACUAUUGACAUUAUUAUACUGCAGCGCGAGACAACGUGUACCUAUUAGAAACCAGUACCUAAUCAACUGUAUUUAAAAUCUGUGCAGGAGGCUUACAAAAGCUUUUAAAUAGGUUGUAGUCUACACAUACAUACUAUUAUUGUUUACAAAUGAAUGUCUUUAACUUGUAGCGUGGGUUGAUUGUAAUUGAUUGUAUUGUGCAUAUUAUGAAAUAUUUUAGUCAAAUAUU